AUGAUGGACCAGAAACAGAAGAAUACAAAAAGAUCUGGAGUAGAAGAGCCACAUAUCCGCCAUAUCACAAAUACUAGUUCUGGAGUUCUUAUGGUGGGCCCCAAUUUUCGAGUGGGGAAGAAAAUUGGCUGUGGUAAUUUUGGUGAACUUCGCCUAGGGAAAAAUCUUUAUAAUAAUGAACAUGUUGCCAUUAAAAUGGAACCAAUGAAGUCUAAAGCUCCACAACUUCAUUUAGAAUAUAGAUUUUACAAAUUACUUGGAUCUCAUGAGGGCAUACCAAAUGUUUAUUAUUUUGGACCAUGUAGUAAAUACAAUGCCUUAGUCAUGGAGUUGCUGGGUCCUAGCCUUGAGGAUCUCUUUGAUACAUGUGAGCGUAAAUUUUCCCUAAAAACAGUGCUCAUGAUUGCUAUUCAGCUACUGCAUCGUGUUGAGUUUGUUCAUUCAAGGCAUUUGAUCUAUAGAGAUGUAAAACCAGAAAACUUUUUGAUUGGAAGAGCUAGCACAAAGAAGGAGAAAAACAUUCAUAUCAUUGAUUUUGGUUUAGCUAAAGAAUAUAUUGAGCUUGAAACAAAUAAGCAUAUUCCAUAUAGAGAACAUAAGUCCCUCACAGGCACAGCAAGGUAUAUGUCCAUCAAUACUCAUUUAGGCAAAGAACAGUCACGCAGAGAUGAUCUUGAGGCUCUAGGCCACAUGUUCAUGUACUUCCUACGUGGUUCAUUACCGUGGCAAGGCCUUAAAGCUGAUACAUUGAAGGAGCGUUACCAAAAGAUUGGUGAUACCAAAAGAGCUACCACAAUUGAUGUGCUAUGUGAAGGCCAUCCUGAAGAAAUGGCCAUUUACAUGAAAUAUGUCAGAAGACUGGAUUUUUUUGAAACCCCAGACUAUGAAUAUCUGAGGAAAUUGUUCACUACACUUUUUGCCAAAAAGGGAUAUAUUGAUGAUGGGGAAUUUGAUUGGGCAGGAAAGACAAUGAAUACUUCUGUUGGGUCUUUAACCACUACAACACAUGAAAAAGUUACUUCACCCAAAAGAAAUUUAGCUAAAACUAAUAGAACUAGUACUGGGCAUGAGAUCAAGCACACUUUAGGCAACCUCACUCCUGCUGAACGUCAUGACUCUGUUCAAGUACUCAGUUCCACAAAUAAUGAACUUAAUGCAGAUGGUAAUACUGCACAUAGUAGUGCACCAAUUGCUCAACCACAGGAAAUUGAGAUUUUUGAUGAAACAAAAUGUUGUUGCUUCUUCAAAAGAAAGAACAGAGGUGUUAUUAAGCAGUGA